CUCAAAACGAAGAUUGUUACUAAGUAAUGCUUACAGCCUCACAUUUCCUUACAGAUACAGAUAUCCCCAUUCGCGUUACACCGACCUCCCUACCAUCAGAUUCAUUGUGCAACAACCCGCCCAGGAGUAAACGUCAAAGUAAUAAAUCAGUCUGUCUUUCUUGUAAGUAUUCGUAUUCGCCGUGAUAAGCAGUCGCUUUUUUAGCUAGUUGUAUGUAUGAAUGUACUCUUUUUGCCUCCAUACAUAACAUGGGCGCAUAUACACCAAUUUCAUCGCAGUGUUGACUCGCUUGUAUCUAUACGAAGAGUUUUUUGCUGUCUUUGGUUAGAGGCAGCUAGUUUUGCUCUUCACUUCCUCCCACUAAAUUGCGAAACAAUCCGGUCACACGAUGUCCUAAAUUUCGCUCGCACUUCAUCCGAACGCACGCACCGACCAUAAUUUGCGAACAUGUCAUCGUCUAAUCUGCCAAUGCCGAAACGCGUGACGCAGCAUGCCAACAACUCGCGGCACAACAACCGGGGACGGCAGAAUGCGAAAGGUGGUCACCACCAGAAUCAGCAAGGACACGCGGGCAAGGCCGCUGCAUACAACCUUUUCAGUGGCGGAGGGCAGCAGGGUGCAGGAGGUUCGUCCGGGUCGUCCUCGUUUAAUCAGCGACGGGGGGGUCAGAACUACGAUCAAAAUACCGGAGGGGGUGGUUCCUCUUCGAGCGGCAACAACCCUUUUCAACAAAACAACCCGUUUCAGAACGACCAAUUCGAGCAGUCAGCACACUCGUCCAGAAGUGAGCGCAGCGGGCGCGGUGCUGCGACAAACAAUCCCUUCCAGAAUGACGACGUCAUCGUGCUCGACGAUGACGAAGAGCCAAAUUAUGGUAUGGCGGAUCAUGAUUUAGAUAGUAGUUGCUAUGGAUUUAGAGCAUAACUUAUGCUCUAAGGUUACAACAUUACACCAAGAUAGAGAUGUAAAAAUGUAGCGUGUUUUGAGUACCUGUGCCCUCUCACCGUACCCAGCAUGGAAAAUAAAAUGCUAUGAUUGCAUUGUUUCAAUAUCACUUCACUCUUCUCAACCACUUUUCAGCUUCGUCCCCACGAGAGGAACAGCCGCAGCGUGACGAGCAGACUUAUGGGCAGAAGAACGCCGCACCGCACGUUUCUCUUGCGGAAGACCACGACGACGGGGGGUACGGGGGCCAGCCCAGUGCCUACGGGUUUGACGAGGACGAGGAGGACGAGGCGGAGGAGCUAAACAACCUCCGAGCCGAAAACGAGGUGGAUGACGAUCCGUUGUACAAGGUGAUUGAGGACCCCUUGCACACGUACACGAGUGAUCAGCUCGCAGACUAUGUUUGGCACCUGCUUGCCGAGAUGGUCGCCCUCGGGGAUGCGUCCCCGACAUACGAGUUCCCCGCGUCGCUGAGCAACCAGCAGCGCAAGGAUAUCCACAUCGUCGCCCAGCACCGCGAGUACCGCGAGCUGAUCCAGCACGAAUCCUUUGGACAGCGGGACGUGAACCGCUUCAUGGUGAUUUGGUACGGCCGCAAACAGUCGCGGGCCUCGAAGCUGCAGGAACUUCACCGUCGGUUUGAGGCCCGGGACAGAAAUGUGUUUGUCCCCGGCAACGGUCGGAUGUGGACGACGGAACUGCGGAACGCGGUAACGGGAAAAAGCCACACCGCAGGACAGGCUACGGGGAGUAAGCUCGUGCCGCUGCCUGGUGCAGCUGCGACCGCGAAUAAGGACAAGCUCAGGCAGCAUCUGGGGGGUUUGAUAGGAGCCAAGACCGGGGGAAAAGUACAAACACUGCCCGGGGGAACACAGGUAUGGCAUUUGAUCCCUACACCACCGUUGUGGUUUUUGUUCAAGAAGAUGUUUUUUUGAAUCAAAUAAGUAGAGUGAUGAUCGACGGCAGCACUUUGUUUCUCUUUUGUUCAAGUGGGAGUUCGGCGCAACAUGCUCGACCUCUUGUACGACAAGAUGCCACAUCAAAAGGCCAUGUAGUUUCAUCCAUGCCCUUCUAGCAAGACUGUCACUAUGAUCUACAGGUUGUUCAGGAAAAAGACAAUGAGGCAGCCCGCAUCCCUGCUGUUGUUGGUAGCCAGGCUGAGGCCACGCAGGUGUUCCGCAAUCAGCACCGCGCCGUCCGAAAUGACGUUUACAACGUUUUCGCGUCGGAGUCGAACACGAAGGUGAAGAGCGUCAAUGUGGGCCUCGUGAACCCGAAGAAAAAAUCUGGAAAUAAGGGCGACGGCGACCAGGGUUUCGCCUUUGAGGGCUUCGGACAAGACGGGAGCCAGGUGCGAGCGGAGAUGAGUGAGCGGUUGGACCAGACCCAGGUCGACUUCACCGCCGAGGCGAUGCAAGCGGACGGAGAACCAGGAGCAAGUCCUGGGACCACCACGGGCGGCGCGGCACAGAACAAUCAGCAACUGGAGCUGCAAGUCAAGGCACCCAGGAAGCACUCCCUCGCCGAAGCGCGGACGUUUCUGAACGCGGAGAACACCAUGGAGAUCACGCACGCAGCGGAACUGGACCUGGACGACGACGACGGUCAUUUGGACAUCUACUGCAUCCCAAACCUGAUUGAGCACAGUUUUGCCAAGGUGCUGGCCUACUACAACAUGUCCUACGUGGAAGAGUACAAGCGCGAGGAGGCGCGCGUCGCGUACGCGAUCUCCCGCAACAUCGACCCCUGGGCCAACACGAACAAUCGCAAGGGGCAGGGGAAGAAUCAGAGAUUGAGCGAGGCCGACUUUCAGCAGAUGAAACAAACGGUGACCUCCGUUUUCGAGCGGUUCAUCAAGACCCACGGGUUCCUCACCAUCGCGCACAUCCAGGGACAGCUGGACAACCUGGCCUGGGCGCAGCAGAUGCACCCCUCGCAGAUUUUGAACCUGCCCCAGGUGGGCGCGCUGCUCAAGGGACUGAUCCAGGUCUCCUUCGUCGUGGACACGACCUGCCAAGUGGCGUUUUCCUGCAUGGCGUUGAUGACGCUGCACGACUUGCGGAUCAUGAUUGAACGCAACCCCGUGAUCAAGUCGCAGGAGUCGCUGAACGCCCUGGGUCGACUUGAAUACCACCCGUUGGUGCGGCGGAACUUCCAACUGAAUCUCCUCCCGACGAUCAACAACAGCUCUGCGUCGAAAAUCAAAAAGGAGACCGACGCGUCCCUGCAGCCCGUGGUGAAGUUCCCGGAACUCUCCACCGAGCGGCUGAUGGGGUACCUGAUCGCCACGAUCCCGGCGGAGAACUGGGACGAGCACCAGGGGGACACCGACUGGACCAUCGAGACGGGGCUGAAGAAGGUGGCGCAGAUCUACAAAAAGGCGAACUACUUGGACCUGGGCGUCUUCGUGCAGCGCCAGGGGCUGGUGCGGACUAUCAUGCGGAAGAUGAAGAAGAAGUUCGACCGCGAACAGAAAGUGUUGGAGGAAGCUAUAACCCGCUCAGGUGUUACAAUCUCAAGCGUUACAAUAGAAUCUGGAAUUUGUGUUGCAAGAAGUGCAUGAACAUGAUCUACCCUACUCCCACAGGAUUGCGCAUGACAAGUUCUGGAGUUCCAAUCCGCACUACAAUCUGGCGAAAUUUGCAUUGCAAAAAGUGGAACGCUGUCCGAGUCUGUCAUGUUGAUCAUGCAAGACAAAUCUCAGAUUCUAUUGUAACGUUUGAGAUUGUAACGUUUGAGCAGGUCAUAGAAGCCAUCAACACGCGGCCGUGGAAGCUGGCGAAACUGCAGCGGUCGAACUUCAACCACGCCGGGAAGGAGAACCAGUUGAUGCUGAGCACGAACGUGAAGCAGUUGCACGACCGCGUGAAGGAGGAGCAGGUGCACGUGUCCCACGUGAUGCGGUGGGAGCACGUGUUCCGCGCGUUCGAGAAGUGCCAGACCUACGGACUGCGUUUGGAGUUCUGCGAGGCGCUCUGCGCCCGGGACCUGGGUUUGGAUUUUCGCCGCUCGUUCAAGUCCAUGCACAGUGUGUUGGCAAACUUCGAGAAGUCGGCGAAAGCCGGAACCGACCAAGUAGCGGAGCUCGUGAACAAGGUGCAAAUCGUGUUGGCGCAAAAGGAGCAGGACCUGGACACUUUGGUCGACCGGUUCGUGAAGCACUCGGUGUCUCCGCUGUUGUUCAUGACCUUGGCGAACAUCAUUCCUCUGACAAAGGCGGCGGCGAAGAUGAAGAAACAAAGUAGCGAGGUGUGGAACAAGAGCUCGGUGCAGAAAGCGGACAACCUGCGGAAGCUGUACCUGAACAACGAGCUGAAGCGCCGAGUUUUGGCCUCGUUGGACAAAUUCCCGAAGCAAAAUGCGGACUUGCUCGAAAUUCUGGCGGAGGCGGAGCAAGCGUAUCUGGAAUUCCUUCGUUGUUCCGCGAACUCCGAAGCGCCGGUUUCUGUACUGGAGUACCUGGUCCACGCGGGGCCGGUUAUCGUGCUUUCCGAUCACAGUGGCGACGUUGCUGGGGAGCAACACGAGGCGAAAACGUUGCGGGAGAUCUUGAGUGAGAAAUUGCUGGAGCAACAAAGCACUGGUGGAGUCAAUGGCAGCGCUGGUACUAUGCUUGCGAUCGGCGGGAGUGGUUCGAAUGCAGUACUUGCUACGAAGCAAGAGCAGAGGAAAAGCGUCCCGACCGCAACGUCAAAAGCGUCCGGACUGCUCGUAAAAUCUUCUUCUUCUGGCCUCAACGCAGGAGUUACAUCUACUUCCAGCCAGAGCAAAACUGGACCGCCUGGUGCGAAGGGCGUGACCGCCGUAUCCGAAACGGCCUUCGCGGACCACUUGAUACAGCUGCUCACGGAGCGCGUGGAUAGCUGCGUCGUGGCAGUCGCGAAAGCGAAAGUGGAGUCCGGUGUUAAUGCGGCAAUAGGCGAAGAAUUGGAACUACACGGUGCAGCAACCGAGUCGACGUUCGGGCUUUCAGAAUUCCUGGAGUGGGUCUCUGACUGCGAGUCGCUGCUGCAAGAUCAGUACGGCCACGAGGCCGUGAAGGCGCAUUCCGUCGUGGCUCUGCUGGCAGAGCAGUACGGCUACAAACUUGCGGAUUUGCUCGUGGAGAAAAAUUGCCUCAUUGCUGGCCCGAAUCAGCUCUGCGACGUCCGAGGUAUCACAAAUGGGAAGAGCAAAGAGGGCGGUGCAGGAAAAGCCGCAAAGACUGCGGAAAAUAACUUUUCCAAUAACGACCUGAAGUGGUGGAAGAACAUCGGUCUCUUGCUCGCCGCGCAGGAAGAAAAAAUGCCGGAACCGUCGAAGGAAAGAGUGGAGGGCCGGCUUCGGGCUGCGAUGCAGCGGCACUACUUUGGGGGCUCUGGAACUUCAAAUGCGAGUUCAACCUCGAGUAAUGGACUAGAUUUGCUGCUGAAGAAGUGCAUGCCGGAUCUCUCGGGGCGUGCAGUCGACGUUGCUAGGCUGGAAGAAGCGCGGUUUGCUGCAUCGACCGACGCGGUUCCACGGCUAGCCAUGAUGCUUACGGGACGAAAUUCUGACAGCCAAACCUCGGAGAAGCAAGACGCGACAGCACUGAAAAAAAUGAGGACCGACGCCCUUACCCGGCUCUGGAACACUCCUCUCAUGAUGGAUGUGGCCGCUGCGAAUCCGGAUUGGAGCGAGGUUUUUGCGCCAUUCGUGGGGUCAAUCGCGGAAUUUUGCGCCACUCUGCAAAGCGAAGACUUGAAGAAGUUUCAGACCGAAUUUCUCGAGGUCAAAGCGGGCGUCUACUUCAAAAUCGGCGACUACCGUACGGCGACGGGUAGUGACGAGCUGCGGCGAUCUCUCUUCGAGGAUGACAACCUGCGCAGCGCCGUCGCUGUCGUGGUGCGCAGGUUCGUGCGCGAAAACAUAGAAAGCCACUAUGCCUCUGACAACAUCACAGCUGGUGGAUCGAGUAGCACCGUCGAGAUGUUUGGCGUGUACGAAAAGGAAGUUGCAGAAUACUAUGCGAGUAUAGCGUCUGUCUCGUCGAAGUUUUCCAAUCCGGAAUCUGUUGCAUUGCGGUUUGCGAACUUGAUUCCGUACGAGCUGCUUGCAGUGUCUUCCGAAUUGGAUGCGGCAGCCGUGGCGGACGUGUUUCUGCGUCCCUACGUGAAGCUGCGGCGGCCCAGAACGCUGCUGCUCGCGGAAACUGCGGGGUCGCCGAACGAUCGGGUUUUGGUGUUGGAACUCGGAAAGAAAUUCGGGAUUACCGAGUGGACACUGCCAAAGGAAGACUUUUCAAAAUCCUUUGUAGAUAGCCGUGCUCGGGAGGGUUUUCUGGUCAAGCAUAGACUAGUCUCUGCAACGACUGACGACGGCCCACCUUCGAAGAAGCGGAAACUUGCGGAAGUACAAGGUAGUGCGAUAGCAGCGCCUGCGCUUUCAAAAGAGGAGCAACUUCUCGCAGCACAGGCGGCGAAAGAACAAGCAGAAACGUCGAAAACGGCCAAACCGACAGAGCUGCCGGAACAAGCCGGAAAGACCGACGAGCGAACACCAGGAAGCGAACAAGCCCCGCCGAGUAAUCUUUCCAACGAGACGCUGUGCACGGAGAUCGCGCGGGUCAAAGGGGUCCCCCUGCAGGACGUCGAUCCGGUCUCGAGACACUGGCUUCGCGAGCCGCAGGACGAGCGGAUUCGCAGUCUGCAGAAGACGCUGCAGGGCGCGGUGAGUCGGCUGGCCGCGGAUCUGUACUCCGGGGAAUCUCACUUCGUCCUGGAACUGCUGCAGAACGCCGAUGAUUGCUCCUUUUCCGACGAGGUGGUGCCUGCUUUGUGCAUCACCGUAGCGGACAUCGACCAGCAGAAGCAGGAAAACAAGUGGACCACUUUCCCGCUGCACAAAGUUCCGGGAAAGAACAAGGCGAAGGCGCUGUUGAUCGCGGAGCACUGCGAGGAGGGGUUUCAGGCUAAAGACGUCCGCGCGUUGUGCGACAUUGCACAAUCCACGAAGACGAACAAAAAGUUCAUUGGGCACAAGGGUGUGGGGUUCAAGUCCGUGUUCAAAGUGACAAAGACCCCGAUCAUCCACUCCGGCGCGUUCUCCUUUCACUUCGACUGCGAUGCGCUGAACGGCCUGGGGUAUUUGGUCCCCUUCCCGCUCGCGCGACCGGCGCAAAACCUGUCACCAGACGUGACAAGCCUGUCGCUGUCUUCGGCGAGCACAUCGGGAUCUGCAACUGCAGCUCUAUCAAGUUUUAAAAAUCGCGGGACGCGGACCGUUUUGCCGCUGCUGAACUCGCUCUCCUCGGUGCAGCUCGUGGGCAGGUUGACCGAAGAUCUGCAGCCCAGACUACUUCUGUUUCUGCGCAAGCUGCAGCGGUUGGUGCUCGCUCACGAGGGGUACUUCAAAAUCAAGAUGCAGAAGAACAUCUUGUUUGACGAUGCAAGCUCGAGCAUCUUAGCGUUGGAAACCCUUUCUACUACUUCUGGCACUUCUUCUGCGAUGAAGGAUAAUGUUCUCUACUCUUCCCCCGCUGCGGACCGGGAAACGUGGUUUGUGUACACGGAAUCCUUGGUCUCGCCGACCGAUCGCGGCAACGCGGAUUCUGAACUGAAGAUUGCCAUUCCGGUUCCGGAUGUGAACAGCUACUUGCAAAAGCUGCAAAGUUUGGAAGCCGUCGACUCAACCGUUCCAGAUCACGAUGCUAUCAUCGGCGGAUUCAUUUCCAGCCCGUUGAACAAGGGAGGAUCUUCAAGUGGCGCCGAACCGGACUCGAGCAAAUAUCACGACUUGCAGAAGAACGCCUUGAUUACGGAGCAGCAGCACGUCUUCGCCUGGCUGCCAACGCGGAGCUACGGCUUCCGCUUCGUGAUCCAGGCGGACUUCGCAGUCGCGACCAGUCGCGAGGCUCUGACCUCGACCGACGCAUUCAACCAGUUUUUGCGAGACCACGUGCCGGCGGCCUUUGCUAAGGCAGUGCGGAAAUACAUCGAGAUUGUGGGGAAGAACUACUACGAGCUCGCAGUGAACCCCAGUAAGGACGAAGCGGCGUUUUUGGCCUUGCAAAGUCCGUGGGACGAUGAAGACAUCAGUCCUGCUGCGGGUACCAGGACUCUGCAGAUUCCAGCAGAAGGAAAGUCUGCAAACUUCGACACCCACUUGCGAAAGAGGAAGCAGGUGCUCCAUCUGAUGCUGUCCCAGCUCUAUCAGGUUAUCCCGCUGCCGAACGAGGGUUUGGAGUUCUUCCAGCGCACUCCGCGCGCGGUCCUUGCCGCGCUGGAGAGCGUGCCCUUCCUGUUUGUCCGCAAAGCCGGAAAAUCACCCUCAAGUACUAGUGCCUCCACACGCUUGUUUGCAGCGCCACACCAAGUGCUUCGGGCGCGGUUGCCGCCGACAAUCGCCGCCGGGGCGCGUCAAGCGUUCGGCGGAUUGUUGCGGAACGACGGGGGGUUUGGAGGUGUGAUGGACAACGAGGAGUCGCGGAUUAUGCAGUUCGUGGAGCCGCUGGUGAAUGCGUGCAACCUCUUCUAUCUUGCCUGUGAGGUUCCCGAACCACUCGCACAGGCGGUCAAUCUGAAGUCCCUUGACGGUGCCGUGGCCCUGCAGUGUCUCGAGCAGCUGAACAUUCACAAUAGCACGGAGGACAUCUUGUUCCACACGACGAACGCAAGCGAGAGGAAUAACACUUUGCUCCUCCACCGCGCCUUGCUGUUACUAAUCGCCUUUGAGGACAAGCCGGACAUCCAAAAACUGAAAACGUUGAAAAUUAUCCCGGUGAAACGACUGCAGGACGAAAUCAUGCACACGGACCCGCGGAGCUCCCCUAUACAGUACGUAUCCAUUCAGGAGGAGCAGCAGAGCGGGCGGUCCAUUUACGACGCCGAGUUUUUAGUUUCUCUGGAAAAAGUGCGCGUGUUAGACACGGAAUUUCGCGAAUUCGUGAACCAGGAGCCGCGUUUGGGCGUUUUGCUGCAGCGCCUCGGCGUGCAGAAGCUAGAUUCACAGCACUUUUGCGAGCAGCACGUGCUGCCAGUUUUGUUGGACAACAGUCCCGACGGCGGAGCGCCCGACAAGGAGAAACUUCUGGCCUGCACCCUGUAUUUGAAGAAACUUUUGAUUGAGGGGACCGCGGCGAGCGCAAGUACUUCCGAUUCUACUAAGGCUCAUGGUUCAAAAACCUCCCCCGCUACCGAUGCAGGAAAAGCGACAACCUCAAGUACGAAAACUUCCUCGAAGAUAACUGCUUCCUCGAGGCCCCGUGCCAUGCCAGCGGCGAAGCGUGCGGAUCUUGUGGAGAAGCUCCGAAAAGGCUCACCGUGGCUCUUCGCGCAGGACGACAAAAAAGGAGAGACCGUGGAAAUCAUUCGUUUGAAGAGUGCACAGUGUGUAGCUGCUUCCACAGCAGAUAAUACGCACGAAGAGCACAAUGAUCCCAAGGUGGUUCACGCGGUCCCUCUUCUUCCCGCACUGCGCACUUCAUUCAACUCUUCCUCUUGGUGGCGGUGGUGCCCGGAAGUGUACGUGGAUCACGAGGCCGAGCAGGGGGACCUGCUUGAGGUCGACGAAGCGACGGCUUCCUGGCGGUCGUUCUGGGUCGAGCUGGGUGUGUGGCCAUCACUCGCAGUUGACGCAGAUGAUACCGGAAAGAGCUCGGAAUUCGCCGAAAUCGUGAACUGCCUCGAAAAGCUAGCGGAAAACCCGGCUGGCGCGACGGGGGCCGAAGCUGAAAGCAAGAAGGUAACCUCCAUCACCAGCAGUGGUGUUCCGAAAGGAAAAAUCUUCGAGAACACGUGGCUCUCCGUCAUGGAAACGUACUUCGUGAAUUCGGGGUCUAGUAGAUCGCACCAUGUUUUUUUGCAGACGCGAACCAGUUCCACAAAACAGCAAGAAGCUCCUGCUUCCAAAAUAAGUUCGUAUUAUGCGGAUGAGACGAGGUUUAGUAGAUUCCACGAGCAGCUGCGAAAGGCGAAGUGGCUUCUGAACGUGACUGGGGACACGUUGCGGUCCUCCGAAGAGAGCUGGCUCAGCGUUCCCUUCGCCCCGCACGCGACUCCGGCGCGACAGCCCGCAGUGGUUGCUGCGGCUACAACCACGAGUGCGAACGCUGCAACCGCGUCGAAGAAGGCUGCGACAAGUACGACCUUGAAGCCUUUACCGAAGAAGCAGCAGCUUUUCGACGAGAAGCACCGCGCCUCGAUCCUCGCCGACAACACCAAUGCGCUGGAACGACCGUACAUUCUGCACCCAGCCGUGAAAUUGCUGCAUCAACUUUGGCCGACCCUGUUUCUGCUGGAAAACCCGUCGGCCGAGCACUUGGUGCGGAUCAUCCAGGAUUUGAACAAGGCCGGGCCGGGAGCCGAGGUCCGCCUUUCUAUCCGAGACUGCACGAACCUGUAUUCCCACCUGGCGCACUGUGUCGCGAGGGAAAAGAUCAAAAAGGGCGACGAGCAGGAACAAAACGAAAAUAUUAAAGACACUACAGCGCAAAUAAGUGCUUCGCCAGACAGUUCUUUCGUCAGCUCGUUCCUUGCCACCCACUCCUGGGUGUGGGUCCCGAACCACCCGCGAUUGCUGAACCAGAUUCGGUUUUCGUUUGACGACCGGGGCGUGGGGAAGAAAAUGCCGGGAAAGUUUUACGCGCUCGACCAGCUCUGCUUUUACGACGAGGCACGACUGCUGGAUUCGUACAACUCGUAUGUGUCUGAUUCGGCUUGCGACGUCGCGAGGAAGUACAUGCGCAAGCGGUGCGUGGGCAACUACUAUUGGGGCCCGAAGAGUGUGCUGCCAAAGCCGAAAAAGGAGAGGUUCCUGGCGUCGGACGAACAGAAUCGGCUCCACCACAUGCUCGCCGACUGGGGCGUUGUGGACGCUCCGCAGUGGCCGGAUUUCUUCAAGGUCCUGCACGGCGUCGCGCACGAGAUGACGCACGAGGAAGAUGCAGUGUUGCUGGACAAUGAGGCUACAACAGCACUUGGUGAUGCGCCUCCAGACGAUCCUGCGUCCAGUACUGCAGGGCACUCGUCCCAAGCUAAGAUAUCUUUCCCGGAUCAAAUCUCACGAGUCGUACUGGAAACGGAGGACGCGGUAGAAGUCGUCGAGCGCGUCGUCGAGCAUUUGCGCAUAUGCGUGCGCAUUGAAAUUCAGGCGCUUGUUGAUGAAAAUAGGGUCGACGGAGAGAUGGACCAAGAUGAUGACCACGGCAUGUCAGCGCUAGCGAAUAGUACAGGUAAAAAUGCAACAAGCACUGUAGACUUGCGCCGCGCGCUCGAUGCCCUGCUCUCGGAGAAGCCGCAAGAGUUGACGCCCGAGGUUCUGGAGAUCAUUCACAACGCGUCCGAGGUUCUGAAGGCCUUUGUGGAAAAUGUGGUGGAGAAAAAAGUCAAAAUCGCACCAACUAUGACGGGGAGCUGGAAGAGUUUGGUGUUACCUGGUGGCAAGAGUGAUAGUAGUCCACUUGAGGGGACGACGUCAACAUCCCCCAGCGGGCUGUUCCUUCCCGCCGCGCCGUACUGGGCCGGGGGAAAGGAGGCAGACAAGAGUCGUCCCCACAAAAAGUUUAACUUUCGUUACGAUCUCGUGGAGCCGUACGUGCUGGCCAUUGCGGACCACAACAAGAUGCGUGAUCUGAUUUUUAGCGCCUGGCGGCUGCUGCACGUGCCGCUUUUCCAAAUCGAGUUCGAACGUCUUGCCACCGCGGGCGACCUGCUGUACCGAUGGGAUGGAAGGCAGAUUCCGGCACCGUUGCUUGCCACCUUUGACGCAGCAAAAAAACAAAGUAACGAGAGUGGUCGUGUAGCAGAUGACCAGAGCGCAGCAGAGGCAGCCAUGUUGAGCACGAUUGAAGCGGUGGGAACGCAGCAGUCAGGCCGACCAGUGUCGCUACAGGCCGUCGUGUUUGACUUGCGCACCACCAGAAGACGGCUGUUUCACGCCGACUUUUCCGUGCUCGAGGAGCCGGAGCGAGAGAAGCUUGCGGCAAAGGCUGCCACUGUUCUGUUGGCGAACUGUGACGCGCUUUACUUGAAGAGUGUGUUUUUGCGCGUUUUGCAGCUGAGCUUGGACCUUUUUGACCACGGAUUGGCAAAGUUUUCGUAUAAUGCCGCGCUUCGAUCUUUGAACCACGACGCAAAGGGGAAAUUGCGGAAAAUCGCGAAGGCGCUGUGGGAAAAGUUACAGGAUUUGGAAGUUUACGUCUUGCAGCAGUCUUCUGGCGGGAAAAAGGAGAAUGACAUGAUUACAGGCGAGGAACAAUACAACUACAGCAGUGCAGGUACUGCUUCCGCAACGGGGGCGAAGAAAAUCUCUAAACAGCGUUGCAUUUGUCUUCCGGCUGUUGGGGCUGGCGGUCUGCUUGCAGAUGCAGCAGAGACGAGCAAAUCGUUUCUCUGCGCCCCGCUGUCGGGCGCGAACCACGUUGCAGCCGCGGAUUCGUUUACGAGAUUGCAAGAGAUCAUUCGCACUACGGAUAGCAACGGCUUAGUGUCUCUUUACGACGUCGAUAAUUACACCGAUACCGCAACACUUCCUCCCAGCACCGCGUUUGACCUCGAGCCCUUCGUUGGCGUCACUGCCACGGCUUCCGUGGAGUGCGCCUUGCCAUUUCGCGGGAACCGCAGGGCCGUGGCUCAGAACCGAAGACGAGGUGGUGCCGCGACUAGUGCGCAAUGGUCUCCGGAGUCGCUCCUGCUGGAAAAGUCGCAAGUUUUCGCUUCGAAAAUCCUCCAGACGCAGCUCCAGCUGGUCGCGAACGAGUUCGGCCGCGAUGGAAAGACGAUCAGCGGCGAAACACUGGAAAACUUCUGGCACUAUUUCUGUACGCGGUGCUUUGAACCCGUCGCAGCCGUCCUGGUUCCGGAGUUGUUGAAAAACGUCCCUGCGAGCGGUAUUUCAGAGCCGACGGAAAAGAUGCUGCGACACCCAGAGGCGUACGCGAAGGAGGUACUGAUCCCCUCGUGGGUUCUGGAAGGUGUCCAACAGGAAGUGCGUCUGAUGGAGGAGCGCAUCGAUACCUGCGUGCGGUCGUCAGUGUACGGAAAGGACGACAAAUGCUACGAUGUGCAGCACUCCCUCGCUGCGGCGAUGAGGCAAGUGGACGGACAGAACGGUGCGGAGGAAGAAGGUGCUGCGCAGCACGAGGACGAGGGCAUGGCUGAGGAUGCCGCCUUGCCAGACGAGCUCGCGAGCUUUUUCGGUCGAGAAAGUACGACGGUAUCUGCAUUUCAAAGCAAUAAAAUCGGAGAGGAAAAUGAACAAGAACAACAAAAGAAUGAAACCGAGCGCGACAAGAACUUCUUCCAGCGCCUUAUUUACGAUGCCUACGAGCACGAACUCGCGCACCGUGCAAGACUCGACGCGGAACAGAAGGCGGCCCGGGAGCAGGCGCGGCAGCAAAACCGAGCGAAGCGGAGCGAAGGAUUCGAGAGCUUUUCGCAGCUGCAACUGGGUGCUCCAGGGACUACAGCAGGGGCUUCUUCCUCGGUUCGCUUCGAUGCAGUUGUGACGGAAAACGAGGCGAAGCGGCCUCGGCUCUCGUCUCUGGAUGAGCCGGACACGCGGGCAGGAGUGGACUUCACCGAAAUUUUGGAGGCCAAGAAGCAGGAAGAGGAGGCCCUGCGUCAGCUGAAGCUGCUCGGCAGCGAGGAGGAUGCUGAUGCCGUAGUCAAAGGUCCGCCAAGGAAAAUGCAGAAAACGGAGGGGGCGCUGUCUCGAAUCGCGGAAGACGCUUACGCGGCCCAGCAGCAUUUUAUCCAGUCGAGGCGAAACCAAGCCAUGGGCCAGACCGGCGCGCAGAAUGCACCCUUCCCCGCCCAGGCAUCGCAGCGAGUGAUGAAGCAAGAGGACCUGCGCGGUCCGGGGGACCACGAUCACGGCGGCUCGCCCUCGUUCCAGCAUAGCGGAGGCUCUGCAGGUCCAGAGGGACAGCUUGCCAAAAAUAAGUCGGAGCAAACGGGACAAGAAGGUGAUCGAAAUGCUGCGGACAGCAUGAGUUUGGCAAAUGAUGGCGGUACAACCACCAACCAGGACCGCCCUGUCGACCUGACGGGGCAGGACUUCCAGAAGCUGCUGACGAAAAAGGACAAGGACCUGAUGUUCCGCAUCAAGCACCAGAAAAAGGUGCCCGGGGAGCGGCACCCGCAGAACGCGGAGGUGCGACAAGAGCAGGCCAACCCGCAGGAAGAAGGGAAAAGGAAGCAGUUGGAAAAGAAAAUACAGCAAAACCCUCAGAAUGUCGAUCCGGAAGUGCAGAACCUGAUCGGUGAACUCGGGGAGCAGCAGGCUAAGACCGUGCUCAUGAAGAUGGGCUACGCGGUCUUGUGGCUGAACGAAUUUGAUGAGGCCGGUCUGCCGUUUGACUUCAUCAUUCGCAAAGCCGAUCAAGCCGAUUUCGCCUCCGAGGAUCGGUUGUCCGACGUGCAACGAUACUUUUCGGAACUGGUCUUGCCCGCAGCGGGCGGGGCCACGAAAAAAUUCGAAAUCAACGACAAGCGACUGCAGGAACUCUUCCUGAUUAACGCCGCCGGGCCGGGAACUGGAUCUGCGCCCGCGCAAAGAGCAGCGGCGGCCUACAUUCUCGUGGAAGUGAAAGCCACGCCGAAGAAACAGCGCGAUGUGUUUGAAGUAAGUCUCCAGGAGCUGGUCGCAGCCUGGCGCUGGUCAGACCGGUACUGGAUUCUGCGGAUCGAGAACGUGGUCGGGCAAAUGCGCGACGUCAGGUUCAUCAAAAAUGUCCCGAUCGCGUUACAGCAAGACGACUGCAAACUUUACAUGAUGUGCUCCUAGGGAAGAUGAGAGAUGAAAAAUUGCUUCUCAGUCGCACGCAACCGCGACAUGUCAAAGUUGACAAUCCAAUUAUAUCAACCGGAGCACGAACAAAGAACCCAUUCGGAAGCAUUAAGUACGGAAAACACGAU